CAGCGGAACGGUCGUGCGUAAGGACGGCGGGUCAGCUGACAGCUAUCAGAGGACCGGGAGGAAGGAGCGGAAUUAGCGGGUGUGUGAACUGGGAACCCACUGGAUCCUGACACGGGCUAUAUUCAAGGCCAAGCGGGGAGUGAAAGACUGGUGGGGUUCGUGAGAGAACUAGGGAGGGGUUUGGUUUCACCAUGGCAAGUUGGGAUUGAGGAGCAGCCACAAUGAUUGGAGGACUGUUCAUCUACAACCACAAGGGGGAGGUCCUCAUCUCCCGAGUCUACCGAGAUGACAUAGGGCGUAAUGCCGUGGAUGCGUUCCGUGUGAACGUGAUUCACGCCCGGCAGCAGGUUCGAUCUCCGGUGACCAACAUUGCCCGCACAAGCUUCUUCCAUGUCAAGCGCUCCAACAUCUGGUUGGCGGCCGUCACCAAGCAGAAUGUCAACGCUGCCAUGGUGUUCGAGUUCCUUUACAAAAUGUGCGAUGUUAUGACGGCCUACUUCGGCAAGAUCAGCGAGGAGAACAUCAAGAACAACUUUGUGCUCAUCUACGAGCUGCUUGAUGAGAUCCUGGACUUUGGCUACCCCCAAAACUCAGAGACUGGAGCACUGAAGACCUUCAUCACCCAGCAGGGCAUUAAGGGACAGCACCAGACAAAAGAGGAGCAGUCUCAAAUCACCAGCCAGGUGACGGGGCAGAUCGGCUGGCGUCGCGAGGGCAUCAAGUAUCGCCGCAAUGAGCUUUUCCUGGACGUACUGGAAAGCGUCAAUCUGCUCAUGUCACCACAAGGCCAGGUCCUGAGCGCCCACGUGUCGGGCCGAGUAGUGAUGAAGAGCUACCUGAGCGGAAUGCCUGAAUGCAAAUUUGGCAUGAAUGACAAGAUUGUCAUCGACAAGCAGGGCAAGGGAGGAGCGUCGGACGAUGCAGGGAAGAGUGAUUUAGGGGGAGGAAGUGGGAAGCAGUCCAUAGCCAUCGACGACUGCACUUUCCACCAGUGUGUGCGUCUCAGUAAGUUUGACUCGGAGCGUAGCAUCAGCUUCAUCCCCCCUGAUGGAGAAUAUGAGCUCAUGAGAUAUCGCACCACUAAGGACAUCAUCCUGCCGUUCCGAGUUAUUCCUCUGGUUAGGGAGGUUGGCCGCACUAAACUGGAGGUUAAAGUGGUCAUCAAGUCCAACUUCAAACCCUCUCUGCUGGCUCAGAAGAUUGAGGUGCGCAUCCCAACACCCCUCAACACCAGUGGUGUGCAGGUGAUUUGUAUGAAGGGAAAAGCCAAGUACAAGGCCAGUGAGAACGCCAUCGUGUGGAAGAUCAAACGCAUGGCUGGGAUGAAGGAGUCUCAGAUCAGUGCUGAGAUUGAGCUGCUGCCAACCAACGAUAAGAAGAAAUGGGCCAGGCCUCCCAUCUCUAUGAACUUUGAGGUUCCUUUCGCGCCAUCUGGUCUGAAGGUGCGCUACUUGAAGGUGUUUGAGUCCAAGCUCAACUACAGUGACCACGAUGUCAUCAAAUGGGUGCGGUACAUCGGCCGCUCCGGCAUCUACGAAACCCGCUGCUAAAGUUCAACCCCCUCCACCUGCCAGGCAGCAAACUGACCACUUCUCCUCCCAUCUAUCCUGUUAAGAAUUAUUUUGUUUUGUUUUCUUCUCUCCCUUUCCUACUUUCUCCCCCUCCUUCCCUUCAGCCCUUAUCGCUUCUCUCCCAUCCCCCCUUCCUAACUAGGUGUUGGAGAUCGAAUUUACAUCGUUUAAAAAUACAAUUUAAAAAAAGUAAAUAUGGUAUAAUGCACAGAUAUAUGCAAAAUGUGAACCAUUGUAUCGUAUAUAUCUCGUAGUGAUGAGUUAAAAGAAAAAAAACAAAGUAAGCCAACCGGUGUCCGAAAGAAAAAGACAAGUGAUGCAGGGGGGUCCAGGGGGAGAGGACAGGAGGCUCUGUUGUGUUUAUUCAGUGUUAUUGUCCCACUAUCUACUUCUGCAGUUACUUUAGAAGUCACACAUGUCUUAGAGUUAUCCCUGGUAAAGAUGGUUUGUAGCUGUGGUGGUUUAAAAUGAACCCUGAUAUAGUUCCUGUAUACCGACUUCUGUCUCCGUAGACCCUUUGAAUGAAUCGAUUGAUAUUUGAUCUGUGUUUUCUGGGGAUGGUCAUUGCCACUCAACAGGACGAAAAAGUGAAAUUAUCCUCAAAGUAAAAAAGGAAAAGAUACGUGCAAGCAAUGUUUGUACUUCCAAGUGUAUUGAUCCUUUUCCUCUGCUACUUUUCCUUUUUCUGGCAUUUAGUCAGUGAAGUUUAAACAUAAGGGAAACAUUCCAGACAGUUCUGAGGUUUCAACCAUCAUCCUGAUAAGCUUGUUUUGACCCAAAUUCCCCAAAUGUUUCUUAAGCACUAAGAUUAACUCUGUCACACUAUUUUGAUUUAGAGAUCAGGCUCUGGGAGGGUUUGCAGUGAGGUGACGUCUCCCCCUGGCGUUUGCUUCGCCACUGUCUGCUUCUUCAUGUUUGUAGCCCUGGUGACCGUUCUGUCCAAUAAAAUCUGACUAUGUAACCAAACCUCA